AUGUUUGGCAGCACGGAUGGAUUCUCGGGCUUCAGCAAUAUGGAUGGUGAAUGGUCCAAGAACCUCAGUUGGGCGGGAAACUCGAGCGGGUUCUCUCAGGCCGCAUUCAGUGGCAACUCGACUUUUAGUGUCAUCAACGAAUUCAAGUUCCUCGCCGCGAGAUCGAUACGAACCUCGACCAUCGUCCUCGCCUCGUUCAACACGAUAUCAGCAUUCGCGACAGCGGCCGGUAUCUUCUACGAUUGUUACUCAUCAGCAAAGCGAAACAACACGAGGGGCAAGGACAAGGUCAAUGUUUUUACCUGUGUUCAAGGACCCGAACUGUAUCCGUUCAUCCUCUCAUUGGGCAUCACGGUCCAAGGCGUCGUGUUCGCUGUCUCACAAGCGCAGGGCUUGAAUGGACUUUUCUCGGCGGGGUGCGCUCUAGUAUCUCAAUUUAUGUGGCCUGCGAUAUUGAUCGUACCAUACAUACAGCUAGUGUUCGGCCUGGAAGUCACGAUUCGCGCUCUCAGGACCAGACCAUUUCCCCCAAGGAGCAAAUGGGACGUGUCCAUAUGUCUCGCGGUCAUCAAAAUUAUGCUACUGGGCACUGGCUUGGUCGCCUUUUUCAUCCCCGCUCCAAAUUUCUGCUUCGCUUCUCUUUUCUGGUUUGUAGCCAAAUGGGCCGAGGGUGGCUUUGUGCUGCUAUUGGGCAUUGCUGUCAUCCUCGUCCUGUGUACUGUGGUCCUCUUCCUCAAGUUGACCAGGUACGCAAAUAUCGAGACUAGCCAACGGGUCGGCGCUUCCAGAAUGGUUUAUUACCUUGCGGUCGGAGUAGUGUCCAACGCCUUGAUGGUACCUUUUUUUCUGUACUUGACUUUCUCAAGGCUCUCGGACGAUGGUGGUCCUGGCUUGACGCUGUCCAUGAUUGCCACGGUCGUGGCCAAUGUGACUGGGCUUAUGACCGGUGGUCUACACCUUUUCCUCCGCUCCAAUACCAUAUCCACAAUAGGCCCCAAGAACAAGCUGGCCGAGUAUGAACGCCAGAAGCUGAAGUACCAGAUCCGGAAGCAAUCACCAAACGAUACAGACUUCAAUAGCCACAUGCUACAGCCUGUGCCCGGCCCACAGCCCCUUCGGAAGACAGAGAGCCUGGAGAGCCUCGCGGGCCACGAAAAGGAUGGCGGUGCCGAGCUGUUAGGGAGUCAAUCACCUAGGAGCCCAGACGCUCCAAAUCCUUUGAGGUCCAACGCUGUCUUCAGCCCCAAAAACUUGCCGGGGCUCCCUGAACCUGCACAGAUUCCCACUUCCGUAUUCAAUGCGCAUAGUCGGAAACCAUCGGCGUCAUACAGGCUGUUCCCCAGCAAGAACCAGGGGAAUACGGCCUCGAUCGGCUUACUGCCAUCCACCACCUAUACACUCGGUUUACUGCCGUCCACCACCUAUUCACCAAACUCAAACACGAAUCUUGCACCAGCAGGCUUCAAUUUCAAUAGCACAAAUGAUACACUAAGACCACCACCAUUGGUUCGAGCCCCUGGUGGUCACCAUCGGCGAGAUUCAUCGAUGGCUUCUUCCGCCACCGUCCAGAUUGGACUACGCUUCUCCAACGUCGAGGACAUGCCGCCGAUGGCUAGUCAAAAUGUCAUAGAGGCCGAAAAUACACACACGUUGGACUGCCCCAAUAGACCAGAACCGGGAGCUUCACAUCGACCCAGUCCACUCGCCCACGUGACCAGCACAGAAAGCAUAGCCUCGGCGUCCAGGGCGCAGAGCCCUGCUAGCUCGACCAGCUCGCGGUAUACUACUGAGAAUACAGCACCAGCAUCUCCUGGCGACUCUCACCAACACACCAAAGACUGCACGUUAAACCCAACAGUCUACAACCCGAAUAGCCCAACAAGACCCAGAGUGCCCAGCCCAAAGGGAGUUGGCUUCAAUGUGCCUCAGAGGUCAAAUGCCACGCCCGUACCGGGCGAAGCAACUGAGGCACCAUCACGGAAUCAAGGCAACUCAACUGCAGCAGGGGCUAGAUCUGAUUGGAUCUAA